GUGACGGCGCGGUCACGUGGCCCGGGCCCCUCGGCGCUGAGCCGUGCGUCCGGCUCCGGGAGUCUGCGGGGCCGGGCGCGUCCAGCCUCCCCGCCCUAGCCUGACGCGACCAUGCUGUCCCGCCUGCUGAAGGAGCACCAGGCCAAGCAGAACGAACGCAAGGAGCUGCAGGAGAAGAGGAGGCGAGAGGCCAUCUCUGCAGCGACCUGCCUGACAGAAGCUCUGGUGGACCACCUCAAUGUGGGUGUGGCCCAGGCCUACAUGAACCAGAGAAAGCUGGACCAUGAGGUGAAGACCCUACAGGUCCAGGCUGCCCAAUUUGCCAAGCAGACAGGCCAAUGGAUCGGGAUGGUGGAAAACUUCAACCAGGCACUCAAGGAAAUCGGGGAUGUGGAGAACUGGGCUCGGAGCAUUGAGAUGGACAUGCGCACCAUUGCCACUGCCCUGGAGUAUGUCUACAAAGGACAGCUGCAGUCGGCCCCGUCCUAGCCCCUCCCCCUCCCCCUCUGCCUCCUCCUACCCCUCCACCUCCCCUUGGGGCAGGAGGGAGGCUGGCAGGCCACAAAUAAAACACAAGCCUCA